UUCUUCUCCCGCUCGUCAGUGUCGUCGGUGAGGCGGAUCAUGACAAAAUACCGCGGCGCUAUGGACGGGCGAUUUCGAUUGCAGAAACGAUAUGCAAUGACGCGCUGCACCCACCUCGAACCUCCGAGAGAAGGUCCGCCGACUGGCGGAGACUUGACCUCCCAAUGCAGAAAAAGUGCCAGACGAGUGAAGAAGCAUGUCUUCUGCAUACUAAGCGCUGAUGAGAUCAGUGGCAUACGAAGCAAAGGAGUAGGUGGUGGAGAAGGUCUCAACGUUGAGGACGUCCUUGCAGGCAGAGUGAGACAUUGUCUGACAUGUGAAUGUGGGCACAUGUGGCUGGUGCAGUCGACUGUGGAGCUCCCUCUCCCAGGAGGGCGACACCAGAAUGCAAUCAGGGGACAGGGGUUCGCAGAGAGAAAAGUGCCGCUACGACGUCGAAAUUGUCCGAUGAUUAUCGUGGCCUACAGGACUUGAUUGCCAGAUUGUAGGAUGGGACACGAGGGAGCGCGGCUCGCCGCGUCGACGACUCCGGUACAGUUGGACGAAAGUGGCGAAGGAUGACCGUCCGUCCUCGUUCUUGCUGGCUUGGCUCCCGAGGUGCCGUUGAUCAUUUAUUUCCCCUCCCACCGGC